UCUCUGCAUAAUCCUAGUCAGUUACACCUGGGAGAGGAAGCGAGUGACAGGCAAACUGGGUUCCCUUUUCAGUUACUCAUCUUAACCCCUGCAAGUUUAUGGGACUCAAGGGGAACGCCUACUCCGACCCCACCUUCUCUCAUCUUGUCGCCAGCAGCGAUCCAGGAAGCAGCGGGAGAGGCUCUCCCCUAGAGCAGGGGUUCCAGCGAUCAUGGAGGACCUCCUCUUUGCUGCAGCCAAGGUCAUGUCCGUCUGGCUCACUGUGGCGUUUACACUGAUAGUGUUGCCAUCGGUGUUCGGAGCGUCGCUGGGGAUUUCUGAACUCUACAUGAGAAUUUUAGUAAAAACCCUGGAGUGGGCCACAAGACGAAUCCAGAAAGGAGUCAAACAGGAGCAGGCAAAGGCACUUAAGAACUCUGCUUCCAGUGGCAUCAUACAGCGAGAUGAAACCACUAUGGAGAAGGAGAUCGCGGGCCUGCACCGAGUAGACUUUGAACUCUCCGAUGUGUUCUAUUUCUCCAAGAAGGGGAUUGAGGCUAUUGUGGAAGAUGAAGUCACCCAAAGGUUUUCUUCAGAGGAACUAGUCUCCUGGAACCUCCUUACAAGGACUAAUGUCAACUUCCAGUACAUCAGCCUGCGUCUGACUGUAGUGUGGGUCCUUGGGGUCCUCAUCCGCUACUGUCUCCUUCUGCCUCUUCGUGUUACCUUGGCUGCCAUUGGGAUUGUUUCAAUGAUUGUGGGAACCACACUUGUAGGGCAGUUGCCAAACAGCAGCGCUAAAGAUUGGCUAAGUGAACUGGUCCACCUGACGUGCUCCCGGAUCCUCGUCCGAGCUCUGUCUGGUACCAUCACGUACCAUAACAAGGAAAACAGACCACAGAAAGGAGGUAUAUGUGUUGCCAACCACACAUCUCCAAUAGAUGUUUUAAUCCUGACUAACGACGGAUGCUAUGCAAUGGUUGGCCAGGCUCAUGGGGGUCUAAUGGGACUUAUUCAGAGAUCCACCGUCAAAGCCUGUCCCCAUGUCUGGUUUGAACGCUCAGAAAUGAAAGACCGCCACCUAGUGACAAAAAGACUGAGAGAACACAUAGCCGAUAAGAACAAACUGCCAAUCUUAAUUUUUCCAGAAGGCACUUGUAUAAACAACACAUCAGUAAUGAUGUUUAAGAAAGGAAGCUUUGAAAUAGGAGGGACCAUUUAUCCAGUUGCAAUCAAGUAUGACCCUCAGUUUGGAGAUGCGUUCUGGAACAGCAGCAAAUAUGACAUCGUGAGCUACCUGUUGCGAAUAAUGACAAGUUGGGCCAUUGUGUGCAACGUCUGGUACAUGCCACCGAUGGUCAGAGAGGAAGGAGAAGAUGCCGUCCAGUUUGCCAACAGAGUGAAGUCAGCCAUUGCUCACCAAGGAGGACUGACUGAGCUUUCCUGGGAUGGAGGUCUGAAAAGGGCCAGAGUCAAAGACACUUUCAAGGAGCAGCAGCAGAAAAACUACAGCAAGAUGAUAGUAGGAAAUGGAUCAACAGGAAAUCCAUCAAUGGGAGCAGAAUCAGACUGAAUCCCAGCUUUUCCAACUAAGCUUCCCAGGACUAGCUCUUACAGAAAUACUGUGGGUUUUUCAUUUAGAAAAACCAAACCUAUUCUAAUGUGUGAUCACCUUUAUGUGGAUGGGGCAGAACAUACACACGGGGCAGUAUUUUGUUAUGUAUUUUUCUUGAAAGCAUGAUAUUCCACUGAAUUGCAGCUCCCGGUAUCUUGGAAUAGAACCUGACAUAAAACUGGUGGGGGGGGAGUGCGGUUUUUAAAAACUGUACAUGACAUUCUCUUGAACCUCUGAAAGGGAAGUGCAUACAGUGAGUCUGGCCUGAUGCUGUCAGAUUACCGUGUGUGCGCAAAUAACUCUUCUUGCUAAAAUCACUUGGCAGUUGUAAACAAAUUUGUUUCCUGAACAGCUACUUUCUCUCUUGUCAUGCUUGUAGGCUGGCUUUUUUGUUGUACAGUUCUUAAUUAAUCUUGCAGUUUUAGUGGUGUCCUGAUGCAUUCGUUUGUAUUUCUGUGUAUGUGAAGCAGGGAGGUGGUGAAUAACCUAGAACGACAGACCCUAAACAGGGGGGAGAGAGGUGGGCAAUCAGAACAACAUCCUCUUCAAACACAACCAGGACCUUGGAUGGCCUCUAACCCUAGAAUUGCCUAAUGGAAACUGAUACCUGAGAAGAUAUUUAGGAGAUUCCUCUAGAAACAUCUCUGCAUACUGGAACUAUUCCCUAAACUACUGUGCUUCUUCAGACUGGGAACAGUAAAAGGAGAGAUGAUUGGGAGCUCCAUAACUGAAAAUAGAUACCUCUGUAUUACAGAGGAUGCAUUUUUAUUAUAAGUGCAAGUAAUUCUCUUUUUGUAGAAUGCAACAGCUUAACAAAAAUCUGUGGGGAUCAGCAACCACAACACAGCUCAUACUUGGCUGGGCUAGCAAUAUCUAUUACAAACCGAAACAGGAUUCAUGUGUCAUUUGCAGUAAAAGAAAUGGCCGGUUGGGAAUGCAUGUGUACUGCAGCCUUAUUGUAAAUGGGAAAUAAAUUCUAUAUUUCUAAUGUG